AUGUCCCCCACUCGUGUUUGCCCUUCCUCCAUGUCCCCCCACUCGUGUUUGCCUUCCUCCAUGUCCCCCCACUGUGUUUGCCCUUCCUCCAUGUCCCCCCCACUCGUGUUUGCCCUUCCUCCAUGUCCCCCCCCCACUCGUGUUUGCCCUUCCUCCAUGUCCCCCCCCCCCACUCGUGUUUGCCCUUCCUCCAUGUCCCCCCCACUCGUGUUUGCCUUUCCACUGAUUCUCUCCUUUUAUCUUCUCACUCUCUCUCUUAUCUUUACUUUUCCAAAAUUCUCUCAUUUGAUUCCUUGUUUAUGUCUCCUCCUUCACAAUCAUUUUUUGUUGUACAUUUAUGUCUCUCUCUCUCUGUCUCUCUUUCUCCCUCUUGUGGGCUUCUUUUUUUGUUGUUUCAUUCAGUCCUUUUCCCAUUUCCACUUUGCAUUUUUUUUUCUAUUUUCUACAACUUUUAUCUUUCUUUCUGAAUGUCCUUUCUUUCCCCCUUUCUCUCUCUCUCCGAAUGUCCUUUCUUUCCCCCUUUCUCUCUCUCUCCGAAUGUCCUUUCUUUCCCCCUUUCUCUCUCUCUCCGAAUGUCCUUUCUUUCCCCCUUUUCUCUCUCUCUCCAAAUGUCCUUUCUUUCCCCCUUUCUCUCUCUCUCCAAAUGUCCUUUCUUUCCCCCUUUCUCUCUCUCUCCAAAUGUCCUUUCUUUCCCCCCUUUCUCUCUCUCUCCAAAUGUCCUUUCUUUCCCCCUUUCUCUCUCUCUCCAAAUGUCCUUUCUUUCCCUUUUUCUCUCUCUCUCUCCAAUGUCCUUUCUCUCUCUCUCUCUCCGAAUGUCCUUUCUUUCCUCCCCUUUCUCUCUCUCUCUCGAAUGUCCUUUUCCCCCCCCUUUCUCUCUCUCUCUGA